CUUCAUCGUCUACCUUCUAUUUUCCCUUAGAGACUCCGUCGUUUUAAGCAAGGGUUCUGAGUUCUGACUCGACUCCAGAAUAAAUAGCGACCCGACUCACUCCGUUCGAUUCUGCGGGAGGGGUUUCAGCAAUUCAAUUCCGCCAUUGCUGUAAGCUGUGUGUCGAGUAAGCUUUAACGGGCACGGCAUGUGUGAUCAAAUCCCAUCACUGCAAAUUAUGAAAAUGACAUCAGACCCAAAUGUUUGCAAAUAGCACAUAACUCAUGGCUCGCAAAGGAAGCCUACAGAAGCAUGGGUUUGAUAGUAAUUUAGGAAACUCAAGAAAAGAACCUUUUGAUUCUGGUUCAGCACAUCCAUAUAAAAAGCAAGGCAGUAAUGUGAGUGAGCCAAAUGUUGCCAAUGGGGAAAAACAUUUGAACUGCAAUGUGCCAAGGGUGUCUUUAAAUCAGGAACUGAAUAGUUCCUCUCACCCCGAAGCAAGGACGAAGAGCAAACAGAAACACAGAAAAUCGCUAAAAAAUGAGAAGCGAGAUGCAGUUGUGUCAAAAGAUACUGAGAAUGCAGAAGUUGUAGGAGAGUGGGAUAGUCAUCCUCAUAAAGGAGAAGCUUCUGAGUCGAGAGAAGCAAAAGAAAUACCUUCCCACAAUGAUCAUGGCUCCGAGGAAUCCGAUGACCCAAAGAGCAGACACAGUCCCUCAUUGGAAAGAACUGCUACUCGAGAAACUUAUGAGUAUUCGUUUGUAGUUAUUUUUAGGUAUUUGGGGACCAUAGGGGUGUCAGUGUCAAAGUCAUGUAUUGAAUGGAUAGAGAGGAGGAAACCAUGGAUUAGACGUCUGAAGAGCAUUGCAUCAAAUGCUAGUUGGUAUGCUCGGAAGAAGGUUGAACAAGCAUAUCCUGUUGCUUUGAAUUGGAUUGUGAAUUUUGGAAAAGUAUUGCUUUUGUUGUCAAUGAUUUGGUUUGACUGCUGCCUUAGAGGGAUGGGCUCUUUCCUAUGCAUGGGGACAGCUUCACUUCUUUCAAUCAUGUGGUGGGGUGUUCUCUCUUUGAUUGCAGUUAGCAGAUUCAAGUUCCUACUGAUUCUGGCAGGUGUCUCUACAUUUGGACUAUUUUUUGGUCUCGAAAUUGCAAUUCUUACAGUAUUUGUUAUUGGGGUUGCUUUCUUGUGGAUCUACACACAAAUUUUUGUAGCAAUUCCUGUCAUCUUGGGUGGAGUGAUUCUCGCCAGUUUGAAACACGGCCGCAUUGCAAUGCUCAUUUUGACCUUGUAUUCUGUCUACUGUGGACGGACAUAUGUCGGAUGGCUUGGUUUAGUAUUGGGUUUAAACUUGUCCUUUAUUUCAAGUGAUGUUCUGGUAUUCUUCUUGAAGAACAAUUUAAAUGAACAAAGUUCUGACAGCUCUCCAGAACAAACAGCCGGAGUGUCUGCUGAUGUUGGUGGGGGAGGAGGAAUACCUUCCACAAGUGUGCCCAACUUGGAAAUGACAUCUGAAAGUGAGGUUGUUAGAUUGUUGAACUGUGCAGAUCACUACUCAGCUUUGGGUUUAUCCAGGUUUCAGGAUGUAGAUAUUUCGACCCUCAAGCGGGAGUACAGAAAAAAGGCAAUGUUGGUUCAUCCAGAUAAAAAUAUGGGCAAUGAAAGGGCUGCAGAUGCUUUCAAGAAACUCCAAAAUGCGUAUGAAGUUUUGCUCGAUUCUUUCAAGCGAAAAACGUAUGAUGAUGAAUUGAGGAGUGAAGAACUGAUGAAUUACUUACAUAGCUUCCGAAAUACUCCUCAAAAGAAUCGAGGCCGCAAGUUUAUGCAUGCAGAAGGUGUUGGUGUAGAUAUUCAUGCAGAGUCUAAACGGAUUCCCUGCAAGUGCGGCAAGUUUCAUCUCUGGAUUUGCACUGACAGAGCAAAAAACAAAGCACGAUGGUGUCAGGAAUGUGAGGAGUUCCACCCGGCUAGAGAUGGAGAAGGAUGGGUUGAACAGACUUCACACCCAUUCCUAUAUGGACUAUUGAUGAAGGUGGAGACUCCUUGUGCAUAUGUUUGUGUGGACCGCAAGAUUUAUGAUGCAAGUGAAUGGUAUAGCUGCCAGGGAAUGAGAUGUACGGCCAACAGUCACAAACCAAGUUUCCAUGUGAACCCAAGCGUGAUAUUAAAGAGUAGCAAUGAGAGAAGGAGCAGCAGCAGCAGCUCGGCUCGGAUGCCGAACAUGGAAGAGGCUGCCACCAUGACUGAAGAGGAAUUUAUGGAGUGGGUGAGGAGCGCCGUGCAAGCUGGCCUGUUUAACACCGGCGGCAGCUCAUCAGAGGCGGCUCCUCCUCCUCCGGCAACAGCCGAGACUGGGAAGGGAAGUGGCGGUGCAGCGGGUGGGAACAAGAAAAAGAAGAAAGGGAAAAGGCAAUGGUGAGUUUGCAAGCAGUCUCAGGAGAAAGAAGCCCAGAGGACAUUUUAACAUCUUCAUUCCCACAAAACAAUACGUAGACACACAAUAUGAGGUGCAAGAAGCAAUGUGCUCAUACUUCAUAGUGGAUUGCCCCUGUAAAUGUUUCUUUCUAGAUAAAGCUCUGCUUUUUACAGCUGCCGAAACUAUUUUUAUUUUAUUUACUCGCACUGUAUUUAUUUACUCUCUAUAUUUUACGGACUAGUAUUAUUGUGAAUCACUCUUAUAUGCAAUAUAGUAGUAGACUAGUU